AUCGCGCUAGAACGGUGGGCUAUCGAUUCGCUAAGGACAAAAACUCAGCAGUUCUCCCACUCCGCAGCGCCGUGCUGUAGUGCUGAAGACGGAAUUGGGUAAGGACUAAGGCUCAGUCGGAAUCUAGGACCCGAGUGGUUGAUUUCAGGCCGGUCACGGUUCCGUCUCACGUGAGAAAAAAACAAUUUCGUCCUCAGAUUGCUGAUUUAUCCCCAGCCGAGGCAAUUUUUGGAUUUUCCCCCGUUUAUUUUAUACACUUUAGUGAGAGAUUUUAUUUACCUGCCAACAUACAAUGAAGCCUAAAGUCGGUAAAAACGAAAAACCAGACGUCGAUUAUCACCAACUGGAUGACAUUAACGAGGCGUCAGUACUGAAGAAUACCGAAGAAAAAAGCGAGAAGGAGAAGGAACUUAUCGGACAAGAUGUCAUCACUGGCCAGCCCAUCACUCUGCUCAAUUUCCACGAUGCGCCUACUUAUCUUCAGUUCAACCCUUAUAUCCGGUCAGGAUAUAGAGGAUAUCUCUCGACUAAGAUGUGCUUUGAGAGCAUGUUCUGGUUAACAAAUGAGACUGUAAAUAUUUGGUCUCACAUAUUUGGAUGGAUGCUGUUUGUCGGUCUCACUCUUUAUGAUUUGUGCCUGCUCAACAUCCAUGCUUCACUGACUGAUAAGUUUAUCGUAGGCUUAUUAUUAGCAUGUUUUCAGAUAUGUAUGCUCAUGUCUUCACUUUAUCACAUAUUUUCGUGCAGAAGUGAAGAACACUUCAAUGCUUUCCUGUCGUUUGAUUUACUAGGGAUUGCUCUGAGCAUGCUAGGUAUAUACAUGACUGGCGUUUAUUAUGCGUUUUGGUGUAAUAAGGGUUGGCAGUCAUUUUAUCUAUCCACUGUGUUAGCCAUAUUUCUGGUCGCCAUGGCAUUGCAAGUGCCAAGAUUUAAUGUGGAUUCAAGCAUAAAAAUCACCACUUUUGUAUGCUGGGCGACGUACGGCGUCAUACCUACCUUGCACUGGACGGUGAUGAUGGGAGGUCUUGAAAAUCCUCUCGUUGCACUCUUGCUUCCCAGAGUUGUAAUGAUGUAUGUGAUUAUCACAAUCGCUUUUGUAAUUUACAUCACAAGAAUUCCUGAGCGAUUCUUUACAGGAAGAGUCGACUACAUAGGAUCGUCACAUCAAUGGUGGCAUUUCUUUGUCGUCCUUGCGCUUUACUAUUGGCACAACACUGGAAUAAAAUACAUUGAAUAUAGAAUGAACCACGGCUGUUUAUUUGAUUUUACUUCAUGACAAUCUGCUAAGGAAACAUUAAAUAAAAUUAAUAUUUAUAAUCUGUUAGAAUAGAUCUCCAUUAUUCCAAAUCUGCGCUGCAAAUAUUUAUUUAAAUUACAAUUUAUAUGAUCUAAAAAUAAAUUUAUAAAUCAAUUACCGCCGUAAGAGCUGUAGGGGAUGUAAAAUAUGUUCCAGAAAAGUGCCCUUAUUAUCAGUCAGAGUAGAUUUAGAUUGACUUUUUAUUUCAUUUGACUGGAGAGGCUUUCGUGUAAUUGCCUUUUUACUACGAUCAGCUCUCUCGUUCCAGUGAGCAAACUGUGAUAAAUCAUGAUAUUUCUGGACAAUUUUAGUUUGUUGUUUUUGAUGGAAGCUCAACGAAUAGUUAUUAAUUUUAUCAUUAACAACAUUUAGAAAAUUUGAAAGAAAUCGAUUAAUUUCCUAUCAAGCAAACAUGGUUGAGGUUUUGCAAUUUUUUUUUACUAUGGAACAUUUUUAAGAAUCCAUGUAAUAUUUAUUAGGCAAAAAUAUUGCAAU